GUCGAGGAGCUCACACGGAGCUGCUGGCUCGUCGCUCUCCGUUUAAAAUUGAGUUGGUCCUCAAGUAAAGGCGGAUGGGUUUGUGUUGGUGAGCUUCACAUAUCCACGCUGCCUCGUUUGAGUGGUUUUCAAGGAGGAGGACACGUUUGACCCCCAGCAGAGUGAAAAUGUUCCCCCAGGGGCGACACCCGACGCCCCAUCAGGCUGCAGGCCAGCCCUUCAAGUUCACCAUCCCAGAGUCACUGGACCGGAUAAAGGAGGAGUUCCAGUUUCUCCAGGCACAGUACCACAGCCUCAAACUAGAGUGUGAGAAGCUGGCCAGCGAAAAAACGGAGAUGCAGAGACACUAUGUCAUGUAUUACGAGAUGUCAUACGGCCUCAACAUAGAAAUGCACAAACAGACUGAGAUUGCCAAGAGACUAAACACCAUCUGUGCACAAGUCAUUCCCUUCCUCUCACAGGAGCAUCAGCAGCAGGUGGUUCAGGCUGUGGAACGAGCCAAACAGGUGACCAUGGCAGAGCUAAAUGCUGUCAUCGGGGUACGUGGACUGCCAGGUCUUCCACCUACACAGCAUCUUUCCCAUAACCACGGUGGUGCUCCUGUGCCCCUCACCCCGCAUCCCGCUGGCAUCCACCCCGCUCAGUUAGGAGGUUCAGCUGGUCUGCUUGCUCUGUCAGGAGCGCUCGGUGCUGUUCCUCCCCAUUUGGCAGGAAAAGAUGUUUGUGAGAAAAAAUCUCAUCUAACAGAUUCUCACCCCACAGGACCCGAGCACCUCAGAGAGCGAGAACCUGGCACAAGUAACUCGCUGCUGCCAGAAAGUCUCAGGAACUCAGAUAAGCGACGUAAUGGUCCUGACUUUUCAAAUGACACCAAGAAACGCAAAGUUGAUGACAAGGACUCCAGCCACUACGACAGCGAUGGAGAAAAAAGUGAUGACAAUUUAGUGGUGGAUGUGUCAAAUGAGGAUGCAGCCUCCCCUCGUGGCACACCUCUUCCCUCCCCCAGAGAAAAUGGUUUGGAUAAAGCACGUCUUCUCAAGAAAGACCCCUGUAGUCCAGCUUCUACUGCGUCCUCAGCCAGCUCCUCCUCUCUCAAAUCCAAAGAGUUGACAGUGCGAGAAAAGGCAGGUACACCAGGUCUAAAGUCAAGCACUCCCACACCUAGAGGUGACUCCACCCCAGGGCCAAGCUCCACACCUGGAAUCCGACCAAGUUUGUCCAAACCCCCAUCCAUGGAGAUACCACAUCCUCCUACUGCAGGUUUGAGAACGCCCCUUGCUGUUCCAGGUCCAUAUCCAGGUGCGUUUGGUAUGUUGCCUCAUGCAGCAGGGAUGAAUGGAGAACUAGCUGGUGCUGCAGCCUAUGCAGCUGGACUACACAACAUGUCGCCUCAGAUGAGUGCUGCAGCUGCAGUCGCUGCGGCUGCAUACGGCCGUUCACCUAUGGUUGGUUUUGAUCCUCAUCCUCACAUGCGAGUUCCUGGAAUGCCUCCUAGUCUUACAGGAAUCCCUGGAGGAAAACCUGCCUACUCCUUCCAUGUUGCAGCAGACGGACAGAUGCAGCCGGUUCCUUUCCCCCCAGAUGCUUUGGUUGGACCAGGGAUCCCUCGUCAUGCCCGUCAGAUAAACACGUUGAACCAUGGGGAGGUGGUUUGUGCCGUCACCAUCAGUAACCCCACCCGACACGUUUACACUGGAGGAAAGGGUUGUGUCAAGGUCUGGGACAUUAGUCACCCAGGAAACAAGAGCCCGGUCUCUCAGCUCGAUUGUCUGAAUCGAGACAAUUACAUUCGCUCUUGUCGUCUCCUCCCUGAUGGUCGAACGCUUAUCGUGGGUGGUGAGGCGAGCACGUUGUCCAUCUGGGAUUUGGCCACGCCCACUCCCAGGAUUAAAGCAGAGCUGACAUCGUCAGCACCAGCAUGCUAUGCUCUGGCCAUCAGCCCGGACUCCAAGGUCUGCUUCUCCUGCUGCAGUGAUGGAAACAUAGCCGUCUGGGAUUUACACAACCAGACUCUUGUUAGACAGUUUCAAGGCCACACAGAUGGAGCCAGCUGCAUCGACAUCUCCAACGAUGGCACCAAGCUGUGGACCGGGGGUCUGGAUAACACAGUUCGCUCCUGGGAUCUGAGGGAGGGGCGGCAGCUGCAGCAGCAUGACUUCACAUCACAGAUCUUCUCUCUCGGCUACUGUCCGACAGGAGAAUGGCUUGCAGUUGGAAUGGAGAGCAGCAACGUUGAGGUUCUUCACGUCACCAAGCCUGACAAAUACCAGCUUCAUCUCCACGAGAGCUGUGUGCUCUCCCUGCAGUUUGCUUACUGUGGCAAAUGGUUUGUGAGUACCGGAAAGGACAACUUAUUGAAUGCAUGGAGAACACCCUAUGGAGCCAGCAUUUUCCAGUCUAAAGAAUCCUCCUCAGUCCUGAGCUGUGACAUAUCUGUGGACGACAAGUACAUCGUUACUGGUUCAGGGGACAAGAAGGCCACGGUUUACGAGGUCAUCUACUGAAAAGAAAGACGUUUUUUCUCUUUCCACAAACUUUUCAAAUAUUUCUAUAAGUUUUCACUCAGAGCCAGAAAUCACAGACAAAAGGGAUCCUAACGGCACAUCCCUCCCCCUCUUUACAUCUGCUAAAAAGACAAAAAGAAGACGUUAACUGCACGUUUACUGUGCGUGUGCAUCAUCUGGGAAUAUUUCAGAGCAGUUGGACGUUUGUGAAAACAGGAAUCAUGGAUGUUGUUGCUUCUUUCUGCGGUGGACCUGUUGACGUUCAGACACCAAACUGGACUUUUUGGUGACACCUGAAUCUCCUAAUGAUGGAUUACAGAACUUCAAGUAGUAAAACCUUCAUGUAGAGUUGGUGUUGACACAGACUCUAGUGCUGAUAAAUGGAAGCAGAAGUGUGCAGCAUUUUGGACCAACACAAGAACCAACAGACAAAUGACCAUUUUAUAAACAUUAUGUGUAAACGUCGGUUUGUAUUUUGCUUCAGACAGUGCUCACAAGCUCAGCAUGGACGUUUUGACCUCAGUUUGCCCUCGCACACCUACACAGUCUGAAAAGCACUGCUCCUGUCUUAACCAAAACUCCUCUCUCACUAACUGCACUGUAGUGCCAACUGUCCACCUACACACUGUACUGUCUUUAAUACCCGAGUGUAGAGCUUGCUCAAGUUUACUUGUCCAUCAUCACGUCUGUAAAAAGCGACAAGUUAAUCUCGGAGGCAGAAAAGUCUUACCAAGCUUUAAAAAGUGUUUCAAAAGUGUUGUUAAAAAGGUUUAAUGUGGUUCGUUAUGUAAAAGAUCCUUUCUUCUAAUCCAGAUUGAAAGAACAAUGGUGAACAAACUGAUUUAAGAGCUUCAGAGAUUAAAUUAAUCCUCUGAUUUCAUUAAUGCUCCCUGUCUACGACCUGUUUUUAACAGAUUAUUUUCCUGCUCAUGUUUCAGCACUAUUAGUCAUCCCCAGAAUAUUGAUGGAGGUUAAAGCUGUUUCAGUGCACCCGAACUGAAAAGCAACAUGUCCGUCCGCUCCCUGCCUUUAUCUGUGAAACACUCAUGUCUUAUUGUUCGUUCAUAAAAACGAUUAUCUUGUACUAGCUGGA